CUUUAGCCUUUACCAACUAAAAUGUUUCAACAGAGUAACACUUUUAAAAUAAUCGUGGUUACACUAUUGACCUAAAUAAUCGGGAUUAGGAUUUUUGCAUUAGUGAGCAGCCCUAUGAUUUGGUACAUUUUGUCAUUUUUAAAACAAUAACUCUGUCCCAACUUUGGGAAAAUAUGAUUUGAGGCCAAGCACCAGUAUUAAAAAGAACUCCCAAUGCAAAUUUUUGUGCCAUUGUGCAUUUUUUAUUUAAAAAAGGGUUUUGUCCAGUUUCCAAAAUUCAGAAUCCAAAACAAUCAGACAACGAGUUAUUAAAGUGAAGGUUGCGAGGCUGAGUAGUGAUUAGAAGUGGCCACAGACUCGAGUGUCACAGCUCUUGUCAAAUGCUCUGUGAAAUAUGUGGUGACUGCUUCUGAAUUAUCUGCAUUAUCUUCCAUCUAUGAAGCACAAAUGCAGCUCUAAUCUCAUUAUCUGUUGCGGUUAUUGAAUUAAGUUGUUUUAAGCUUCAUCAGUGAAACAGUUUCCUCUGCAAUUUGCAAAAGCCUAAUGUUACCAUCGGUUUGCUGCAUUUUAGAUUUUGUUUCUAAAUACAGAUUCCUUUAGUGCAUGGUUUUUACAAAACAGGUUAACACACCUGUAGAGAGUAGUAGUGUGCACAGCUGCAGCAGUCUAAACAGACAAACAAAACAGUGGCACUCACAGAUAAAUAAUCUUCUUGUUUAUUGUGGGGCAGGAAUGAACGUGUUUCAGCUCUAAGCCAUCAUGAGCGACACACUACCUGUGCCUGUGCCUUCAGCAAAACCUCUAGUUGUGUGGCCUGAUGUGAUCCUAUUAUAAUCGGGAGUGGAUUUAUGUUAGGUAUGAGGAGCUUAUGAACCUCCUGGCAGUCAGUGUGGAGCUGAGCUGUGUUUUCAUGCUUCAGGGGAAGUUGAAAACGCUCUCAGGCUUGGAUGGUGCUGAAUUAUUCAUGGCGAUAGAGGGAGAGGAGCUGGAAAAGUGUUCAUCUUCACUUUUCUGCCCCCCGGCUGCUCGGCUCAGUGAAGUGAUGGGGUGAAAUGGGGUGUUUCUCUUGGGGAGCUGAGCGGCUCCUCAGCGCUGCCUGGAGUCAGACUUCACUACUUCCACUGCUUGGUAUGUACCCAGAUGUCUGAGGAGGCUCUGAGGAUGACGUAUUGGCCUUGAACCCCACCAGUAUGUCAGAGCCAGCAGAAAAUUGCUCCCCCCGCUGGAAAGAUGAGGCCAUUCAAAAUGGGUACAUACCAAGUUACCUGGACAAGGAUGAGCUAUGUGUAGUGUGCGGGGACAAAGCCACAGGCUACCACUAUCGCUGCAUUACCUGUGAAGGUUGUAAGGGUUUCUUCAGGCGGACGAUCCAGAAGAAUCUUAACCCGACCUAUGCCUGCAAGUACGAGGCGAAAUGUGUCAUCGACAAAGUGACCAGGAAUCAGUGCCAGGAAUGUCGCUUCAAGAAGUGCAUUGUGGUGGGAAUGGCGACCGACUUGGUGUUGAACGACAGCAAGCGGUUGGCCAAGCGGAAGCUAAUCGAGGAGAACCGGGAGCGCCGUCGGAAGGAGGAGCUGCAGAAGACGGUGUGGGACCGACUAGAGCCCACCCAGGAGGAGUGGGACCUCAUCCGUAUGGUGACUGACGCCCAUAUGGCCACGAAUGCCCAGGGCAACCACUGGAAGCAGAAGCGGAAAUUCCUGGUCGAGGAAGCUAUGCUUCUUAAUGAAAUAACAUGUAAUUUAUUCUAUACUUCUGACCAGAGUGCAGCGGGGGUGAAGGAAGAUAAGCCUGAGGAAAUUGGUCAAGCGUCCAUGGCAAAUACACCUGAAGGAAACAAAGUGGAUAUAGAAGCCUUCAGUCAGUUUACAAAAAUUAUCACCCCUGCCAUAACCCGAGUGGUGGACUUUGCCAAAAAACUGCCUAUGUUUUGUGAGCUGCCUUGUGAAGACCAGAUCAUCCUGUUGAAAGGCUGUUGCAUGGAGAUCAUGUCACUGCGAGCUGCUGUUCGCUACGAUCCUGAGAGCGAGACUCUCACGCUGAACGGGGAGAUGGCGGUCACGCGGGGUCAGCUUAAGAACGGAGGCCUGGGCGUCGUCUCAGACGCCAUCUUCGACCUUGGCGUGUCGCUGUCCUCCUUUAACUUGGACGACUCUGAGGUGGCUCUUCUUCAGGCGGUCAUCCUGCUUUCAUCCGAUCGGCCAGGCCUGAGUAGUGUGGAGCGGAUCGAACGCUGCCAAGAGGAGUUCCUGCUGGCCUUUGAACAUUACAUCAACUACCGCAAACACAAAUUGGCACAUUUCUGGCCCAAGCUGCUAAUGAAGGUGACGGACCUGCGGAUGAUCGGCGCCUGCCACGCCAGCCGAUUCCUUCACAUGAAAGUGGAGUGUCCCACCGAGCUAUUCCCUCCUCUCUUCCUGGAGGUCUUCGAGGACUGACCAAUGGAUUUAAGUGUAUGCGUGCGUGUAUGUGUCCGUGUGUGUAUGUGUGUGUGUUUGUGUAUGUGUGUGUGUUUGUGUGUGUGUGUGUGUGUGUGUGUGUGUGUGUGUGUGUGUGUGUGUGUGUGUGUGUGUGUGUGUGUGUGUGUGUGUGUGUGUGUAUGUGUGUGCAUCCGUCAGCGUCUGGGCACCCUGGUGGUCUCAGGGGUGGAACCAGCAGAAUGGCCGUCACAUUGAACUUUCUAUUAGCACUACUGAGUGUCACUUCAUUCCAUACGUUAGGAUUAGCUCUCUGGUCUAGUUUUGGAUGGAACCAUUCCUUACAGUGCGGGUACAUUUUUUUGUUCUGUUGUUGUUAUUAUUGUGGAUAUAACUUCUCACCUCGGAUAUGUGUUGAUGAUUGUACAGUUGGCAUAAUGGUGAUUUUAUCAACGCUUGUUUAUUCAUUAGAAACCAUGCAAAUGUUGUAUUUUCCUUCCUUUUAUGUUGAAAAUUUCAAAAUGGCUGCUCACCCGACACAAAAACUAGGACGUUAUCAGCUAUUUGUUAGUCCGCCCCCCCCCGCCCCCCCCCGCCUGCCUGCUCGACUUUAUUGGACCCCUUUGUUGGUUGAUAUUUUAACCGUCAUGUAGUCUGUCACCUACUCGCUAUCAAACUAUGACACGUUAACAGCAACACUCACUCACUGUAAUGGACAGCAGCUCCACGGGCCGGGGUUCGUCUCUGCGUCGCCACUUAUCACAAUGUUAACACCGUCAUGCAGCGUUUCAGAGACGUCGGGAAAAUCUGAAUAUACAGAACAGCAGCUUAAGACGAAAGUCCCAGUCAGAAACGAGUCAGAGCUUUUUCUGGGACACUUUUAUUCAGUGUCAUACAGUAAACAUAGCAACGUGCACUGUUCCACCCUGGUGGACAACAUUAGCUUCUGCACUACGACAGCAUGUUCGGGCCAACAGUGUUAUCUGUGAGACUCCCUCUGUGAAGCUCCCUCAAACCUUAUCUUAACAUCCUGGAAAUUGUAUAAACCACAUGAUUAAAUAAAUAAUCCAGAAAAUAAACAGUAGAUCCAUCCAUAAUGCUAAUAGUUGGCAGCAAGUGCAUCAUAAGCCAGCACUCAGAAAGUUGGAAGUACAGCAGGGCACUAGUUUCUCUUAUUCCGUGGCUCAAAUUUUCUGUCCUAGCUGCGUUUGAGUGAAGAAAGUCUUGUGUCCGUGUCUGUUGCCUUUAUUUUUACAGCGUGGACCAUGAAGCACACACACUCUCGAUCCCGACUUCCGACAUUGAGAGGAAAGCAGCGGUAGCAUUAAAAAUGAGCCUGAUCACCGUCGCCACAAACUGGUCAGGACUAACUAAAGCACACAAUGACGCCGAUGUCAUGAGAAGACAAUCAUGUUGUAUUCGUUUUUUGUGUGUAACAAUGCCACAUGCUGUGCCAAAACCAAGUGAAUGAUGCCCUCCUUAUUGAAUCCCUGCUAGGGCUCUUAUCGCGACUCCGGCACUUGACUUAGUGCGCGUCGCUCGCAGACUCGUUCCACCGACACAUUAGCAGCUUUUAAGUGUUUUACCGCGGCUCACUAGUCACACGUACAAUUUCAACCGUUUUUUCUUUUGUUUUCUUUUGUUAUAGUACGUCUCCCUGCAUACGGGAGGCUGUAUGUUAAAACAGUGACGUCAUGGUGCUAUGGUGGGUUGGGGAAAUGGCUGAUUGGACUGUAUCGUUAUCUACGUGCAGAGACAAACAUUAUCUGUUCACAUACCAGCCAACCACCCUCUAAUGAUGGCAUGCAUAGACACUAACACUCAAACACGCACACAUACUUACAGUAUACCUUUCACACACAUGCACAUACAUGUACAGUAUAUGCACACAUGCAUGUGCCUACAUUAACACAUAGGUCAGACCCCACCACUGUGACCAAACAGUGGGACUCGGAGGCCAAGUGAACGUUGGCUGGCCCGAAACCUGAUUCAUCAUCAGCAAGGUACACUGAGGGAGCUGCUGAGAUUGUGAAAACGUAGCGCUUAUCCGUUUUUUUAUUUUAGCCGAUAUGUUCUCUUUUUUUUUGUUGUUGUUUUAAAAGCUUCUCAAUGGUCUUGUUGUUUGCAAUGUGACAAAAAAUACAUUUGCUCUGUAUAUCUCGCUUUUUCAAGCUUCACACUACUCCUCAAAGCCGCAUGUGUUUAUUUUAUUUUUUUCUCUUUUCUGUGAAGUGAUGCCUUUUUAUCAAAGCAAUAGACUUGCUGCAGUGUUUGAAUGACCCGGACCUCACACACACACCUCGCAAAACUGUACAGACUCAAUAUAAAUGCACAGACAAUCAGAGGGAGAGAGACGAAUGGGGGAACAGGCACCCAGACUCAGGCGGUCGGUCCGGUCGGGCUGGGCCAUGCUGAGCCACGGCCAUUUGGAAAAGUAACAUUGACUAUGUUUGCAUGCACCCCUCACCUCCACAGUGCUGUUGAACUCAUGUGAUAUCCUGAGCCUGCCAGUAAAAAACAUCAAUGAAAAGAUUUGGUCAGUUAUUACAAGCAGGAGCGACUUGCUCAACCAUAACAGACGGAUUUAUAGAAUUGGAUCAGUCCUAUGUUUUGUUAUUAGAUUGGUAUUCUGGCCUUUAACCACCAAACAAUCCCAGGAGCCAAACUCAGGAACGAUUUACGACCUAAAAGUAUCUUUAGUACAUAUGUGUUGUAUUUCAACUGCGUCUGAAGAGCCGUACAAAUCUGAAUUCAACAUUAGCAAAUUAGACCUAAAAUGGAUUAAAAUGAACAAUUGUUUGAUACUUUUUUAUGUAAUGAGAAAACUAAAUUCAUCCAGUUGUCUUUUGUAAUUGACGACUUCAUGACUGUUUAAAGCUCUACAUGAGUAUGUAACCACACUGCUCUCUCGCUCUUACCUCUUUUUUGAAACUUUUUAGACUUUAACACUAGUCUCAGGAAUUUGGCUGCAUAACUUUCUUUAAACAUCAACAAAAUCCCAUGCUCAGCCCCAGUAUGCUGGCACCAACUGUAGCUUGCUUGCUUGCAGUCUGGUUGACAGUUGUACACACACACACACACACGUGCUGUAGCAGUUUGUAUGAUUGUGUUUGACCUGUCACUGACAUACAGUACUGUUAGCACCACAUACUACCUCAGGAGCGGGGGCCUUUUUGGAGGAUGCACACUGUGGCCUGGGAACCUAAACUGGAACUAUAUGUUCCUGAGGUCAAAAAUGUUCCUGAGUGACUGUAAAUGUUUCUGGAUCCCCUCACAGGUAAAAGGCCACAAUGAGAGCUAAGACAAUUGCACAAAAUAAAAAAAGUGAGUAAUUUUAAAGCUGCAUUAAUUGAUUUUCUUUUUUGCCACUAGGGGCAGAAUUCGACCAAAAACUGAAGAAAAAAAAUAUUCGUGAGUCCAAUUUUUGUCUCGUUGUCAUUGUUUGAUUUCCGCCAAUUCCCGGGGGAAACUUCCGACCUUUCAGCUGCUGCAUGUUCAGCUUUCUUCACCCGUCAGCACACAGUGGAAACAUCCUGAGUUAAUGAGAGCAGUGAGCUAUAAAACACUAAAUAUAGGCCUAUGUUGAGGUGUAGAGUUUGGUACCAGUUCUCUGUGGUCCUUUUCACAAUAAACGUUAAAAAAUAUUGGUGGUGAGUUAGCUACAGCAUUUCCCAGCUUUUCAUAGGAGCUCAUUAACUGAGCACCGCCCUCGGCUGUUUAACCUUCUGCUCACCAUCGCAUAUAUUCAGCACAAUUUCUUUGAGUGAACCAUCUUUUCUUAAGCUUUUGUCUGAAUCCAGGUUUGUGGAUCCCUUUCCUUCAGUGGACUUGUACAGACAAGAAGAUUACUGUAACCAGGUUCUCUUAAACUAUUGCCUAUACUCACUUAAAUCAGCACCACUUUGUGUGUCUGCUGACCUGAUGACCUCACUCUCCGGCUCUUUAGCUGCUCCUGUUUACCCUCCAUUGUCGCUAACUUGAUGUCUGCUGUGUGUUGCUGGGUAGGAAGUGUCAGCUGAGCCUUUAGCUGAUAACGGCAGCCAGUUUAAGGGCUUUUUCAUACCUGAAAGUCCAGACCAUGGUCCGACCCAAUCUUAACAUUGUUUAGAUUUGAUCCGGUUAGUUUUGGUUUCACAUUAUUAUUGAGGGAGCGGACAAAAGACUUUAAUGUGACGGAUGUACGUCCUGUCGUCAUCACCUACAUGGGCUGCGACUGCCAAUACCUUGACGUUGGCAUGUUGUCAGUUAUAAAUGAGUAAAUAAAUGAACCAGUUCACAUCAUUGUCUUCGUUGGAGCUGUAGUAUUAUUAUGGUAUUACUACCAGCAUUAUGAACUCUAUGUGCAGUACUCCACACUAUUCCGAAUGCGCCCAAUGAAAGUCCUAGUCGGUCAAACAUUAUAUUGUUGGAGUUGAAGACUAAAAGCAAUCCUGCGAGCCUCUUACGUUUCUUUUCUUUUUGUAUUGUUUGACACGGUCUCAAUUUCCUGCAAUUGGUGCGAACCCAAACAAAUAUAUUGUUCAUUUGAUAUGGACUGAGACCCCUGUGGUCCGAUCCUAACUUUGGUCCGUUGGUCUGGACCGUGGUCUGAGGCACCUGUCACACCUGUUGGUUUAGUCUGAAGGUCUGGAUCAAACAAGGGAUGUGUGAAGCCAUAAAACCAAAACAAUGAGCUGAAAGGUGCUAAAAUGUUCUGUAGAGUUGAUGGGACACAUGAUAAUUCCCUGUGGGUUCGACACUGGGUGUGCCCCCCCCCCCUCACAUUACAGGUAGUCCUUUGAAAUAAGAAUUAAUCAAAUGCAAUUAGUGCAGCUUUAACUCAAAUCUAAACAAAAACCAAUGUAAACAGUACGAAACUUACUCGGUGUAGUCGACGUCUAUGACACAAAUGUGAUGUGUGUCUUGCACAGUGCGUACAAACUGAAUGAACAGCCCUGGGAAAACGGCUAAAAAUGACACGUACGUCACAUCAUCAUCAUUACUUGAAUUGUCAUAUUCACGGGGGCUGUUGGUGCAUGUAAACAUAGUCAACACUGACUGCUGGUUCGGAAAAUGUUUACUGUUCCUGAGGAGGUGCCAGUACGCUCUUAUCUCUCCCACGAAUUGUUACUGUUAAAGUUACUCAGUUAUAAACUUAUAACAAGAGUUGCACCAUAGAAAAAGCUAUUUUACAGUACAAAGGAAAAAGGAUGUAUAUUUUCAGACUGCAGAUUUUUUUUUACAGAUGUUGUUAGCCUAAUAUGAACAUACUGUUUUGCAUAGCGUUAAAAAAAAAAUGACGUCUUGCUCUCAAAUCCAUGUCCACGUCUACAAAAGAAUUAUGAGCAAGAUAAUAUGAAUCAUGAAAAAAAAAAUAACACUUUAAUUAGUGCAGCAUUAGUUCCACGAUUAAAAAAGAAAAAAAAAACUGUUAUUACUGUGUCUUGACUUCACUGUCAGUACAAAGCAGCACAGCUCCACACAAACACAGCUGAAGACAUCUUCUUGGUCAAAGUGUAACCAGCAUCAGAAAGAAAAAAAGUCAUCCACCGUCGACACCGAUUUCUCUCCUUGUGUGUUUCAGUGUCUUCUUAUUCAACUCAUCUGUUCAACACGUACAGGAAAACCGUCGCAGAGGGGGGAGGGAUUCAGUGUGUGUAGGCGCAGGAGGGAACCUGUGGCGUCAAACCACAAGAUGCACAAGGUUCUGUUGCUAAUUUGCUGUCUUGCACUCUGCAUUUUACUGGAAACAUGGUCCAGUACUGCACUGUCCAGAUGUGGACGUUGCUUUGACAUGAGCGCGGAGGACUUGAAGGUGAAAUGAGUUGCUCAUGGUUGACGAUGAUUGCAGCUAAUGUGAAUUGGCUCUUGAGAAUAAAGAUGGUUUUGAGAGAA